AUGGUUGUGACGAACCAGUCUGCCGCUCCCGGAAAAACUGAAAACAAGAUGGCAGUUUUCUCGCUCCCGUCCGGACGGACCAUCUCGUACGAGCUCACUUACUCCAAUGAACCCACCCGACCCACCGUCCUCCUCUCCAACUCGCUCGCCUCCCAAUACCACUUUUGGGACCACAUCGUAGAACGCCUCCACGACGCCGGAUAUCGCGUUCUGCGCUAUGAUCACCCCGGUCACGGCGCCUCUGGCGUGCCCGACAAUCUCUCAUCCACCACUUUUGCCUCUCUUGCCGAAGACGUCUACGCCCUUCUAACCAGCCCAGACGUCGCCACUGCCUUCCACGGCCACCACUCCCCAGAUGCCGCUUUUACCCCUUCACUACACGCCUGGAUCGGCGUCUCCAUGGGUGCUGCCUUAGGCGUCGUCUUCAGCAGUCGCUACCCUGGCGUCGUCCAGAGACUCGUCAUAUGCGAUACCAUCUCUGCUUCACCCAAGAACGCCGGCGUGUCUGAUGCGUUGGGACCCCGUGUGGCUGCCGCCAGAGAGCACGGAUCCAUGGAGAAGGCCGUGGCCGAGACUAUGGACCGCUGGUUUGGACUAGACUGGAUCAAGGCCAACCCAGCCGAGGCGGAGCGUGUGCACACAUUGAUGAAGCAGACCAGCCUUGAUGGCUUCGAGACUUGUAUUGCCGCUCUUAGGUCGGAUUCGUUCGAUCUACGACCUUUGAUAUCUGGGCUUGGAAACUGUGUCCAGCGUGUGCUAUUUGUGGUUGGCGAGAAGGAUGCCGAUCUACCCGAGAAGAUGAAGGAGCUGCGGGAUGCUUGCCCGGAAAACCUGAAAGCUGAACUUAAGGUCAUCCCAAAUGCUGGGCAUGUGUCCUUUAUUGACGGGAAGGAGGACUUUCUGAAGGCUGUGAUGCCAUUCUUGGGCGAGAACUAG